UUUAACUCUACUAAACCCCACCAACCUGUAAAGUUUUGAUUUUUCACACUCAGCUCAGCUAUAUUUUCUCUCUCCUAAAUUUCCUCUUGGGAGCUGCAAGUAACUUUGUCAUCGUCUUCUUCCUCAGCUCAAUAUACCUCUCUUUCUCUCUCCUCAUUUUCAGACAAAAUCUACCGCAUAAUAACUUCAUAUUUUACUUCAGAAAUUUCUGCAAGUGAUUAGAUUUCUAGCCGGAAAAUUUUCCGGCAAUGGGAGGUUUUAAUCUUAGUUAUGUUAUUGCAGUAGUUCUGCUUCUUCAGUUAUCUUUGUUUUGUUCUGCCCAGAAAACUCCAAGUUCUUGGCUUACACUUGAUGGAUUUCCGCCGCUAGUAAUAGCACAUAAUGGAUUCUCAGGAUUGUUCCCUCCUUCUAGUAGUUAUGCCUACAAUUUGGCGAUGAUGACUAGUGUGCCGGAUGUUGUUCUAUGGUGUGACGUCCAGUUAACGAAGGAUGCGGCUGGCAUAUGCUUUCCAGAUAUAAAGCUGGAUAAUUCCUCCAACGUUAAUUUGGUUUAUGAAGAUAGGGUGAAAACAUAUGAUGUUGAUGGUGCUUCAGUGAAAGGGUAUUUCGCCAUUGAUUUUACUGUUGAAGAACUAUCAAACAUCUCGUUAACUCAAGGAAUUUAUACCCGCAGUCCUGAUUUUGACGGGAGUUUGUUCCAAAUUCAGCUUGUUGAUGAUGUGUUUGUGCAAAACAAACCUCCUGGUUUUUGGUUAAAUGUUCAGAAUGAUGCUUUCUACAGGCAGCACAAACUGAGCAUGAGAAGCUUUUUGAUCGGCGCUUCAAAGAGAGUGAUCAUUAGUCAUAUCUCAUCUUCUGAUAUUAGCUUUCUGCAAGCACUUGCUAGACCGUUUGCAUCAUCUAAAACAAAAAGAAUUUUCCGCUUUUUCGACGUGGAUGCAGUGGAACCUUCAACCAACCAAACUUUUGGUUCUCUCUUGAAGAAUCUUACUAUGAUUAAGACUUUCGCUGCUGGUAUCCUUGUACCAAAGACUUACAUAUGGCCUGUCGAUGCAACUUCUUAUCUGUUACCUCAUACUUCUCUGGUAGCAGAUGCUCAUAAAGCUGGGCUUGAAGUUUUUGCUUCAGAUUUUGCGAAUGACAAUACUUUUGCCUACAACUACAGUUACAACCCAGUUGCGGAAUAUCUUUCUUUCAUUGACAAUGGGGACUUUUCUGUGGAUGGUUUGUUAUCUGACUUCCCAAUAACGCCAUCAGCAGCCAUAGAUUGCUUUGCCCAUCUACCCACUAAAGCAUCACCAGCAGGCGCGCCAUUGGUUAUAUCACAUGAUGGGGCAAGUGGAGAUUUCCCUGGUUGUACUGACAUAGCAUACGAACAAGCUAUUAAAGAUGGCGCAGACGUGAUUGAUUGCACAGUUCAAAUGUCAAAGGACGGGGUACCAUUCUGUUCAAGCUCUGUCAAUCUCAUGAAUACUACACUGGUUGGUCAAACACAAUUCAGAAGUCUUAUUUCAACAGUGGAUGAUAUUCAGACAAAACCUGGAAUAUUUUCGUUUAGUCUGAACUGGACUGAUAUCAAGGACUUGACUCCUGUAAUAUCAAAUCCAUUCCCAGAUUAUUCCCUAUACAGAAACCCAGAAGCCAGGAAUGCUGGAAAGAUACAAUCUUUAGGUGACUUCUUGGACCUCGCCAAAAAAGCGACUUCACUUUCUGGUGUCUCGAUCAGGAUAGGGCGUGCAAAUUUCCUGGCGUUAAAGGAGGGACUGAGUAUAACUGAUGCUGUUAAGGAUGCUCUAGAUAAAGCUGGCUAUGAUGGUCCAUCAGCUGAAAAGGUUAUGAUUGUUUCCACCAAUAGUUCAGUCCUCAAGGCGAUGAAGGGAAAGAAAUAUAAGCUUGUUUAUGAUGUUGAUGAGGGUAUUCGUGGGGCCCCUGACAAUGCAAUUGCCAAUAUCAAGUCCUUUGCUGAUGCUGUAAUUGUCUCAAAGGCGUCUAUAUUUCCGUCUGAUGGGGGGUUUCUUAUAGCUGCAACUGAUGUUGUGAAACAAUUCCACUCACAUAAGCUUCCCGUGUAUGUUCGUGUUCUUAGAAAUGAAUUUGUAAGCCAAGCAUAUGACUUCUUCUCCGACCCAAUUGUCGAGAUCAACUCAUAUGUCAUGGGAGCUGAAGUUGAUGGUGUCAUUACGGACUUCCCAAAAACUGCAGCUCAAUACAAGAGGAAUUCAUGUCUGAAGAUGAAGAACAUACCUGCGUACAUGAGCCCAGUUCAGCCUAACCAACUCAUGGCACUCAUGAACCCAGCUUUAAUGCCACCGGCUUCAGCUCCUCAGCCACUUCUCGAUGUCAGUGAUGUAUCAGAGUCUCCUCUCCCUGCUGCCGUGAUGAACACCACCUCAGCUCCCCAAGCAGCAGACACCCCGAGAACAUCGCCAAAUGGCCAGUCUCAGAUCUCUGCUUCCGCAAUAUUAUCUUUCUUGGCUAUGAUUGUAGCUGCUGCUCUGCUGUUUUGAUAGAGUUUCUUAAAGAAGGCGGUUCUUUUCACUGACUUGAUUGUUUUUGGAGCUUGAUGAUGCAAAUACCUCUAUCUGUUCAUCAUGACCAAGUUUUCCCUCUAGCUAAAUUAUGUUGUUUUUUUUUUUUUUUUUAUUUAUUAAGAUGAUAAUAAUUUUUUCCCUUUCCAUGAAAUGUGGAGCUUUUAGGUUAUUAUGUCCAUUCUUACCAUUUCUAUUGUGAUCAUGGAGUUGCAAUAUGAAGUAGUACAUAUCAUCUCUGUAUCUUCCUCUAUUUGUAUUACUGUAAGAAGAUUCAGUCAUAGUUAUUCUUUGAGUAUCAUUCUCUGUUAAUAAUUAUCAUCUCUUUUUGGUGGUUUUA